GGUUUUCUGUGCUGGUGUACCUCUCCUAAUAUAAUCUGUGAUUCUAGCAUCUGUCCUUAGUGUUUUCUAGAUCAUAGUUGUUUGCGUUAAAGGUUGCUAGUCCGUGUGCGGCAAGAUUUAUUUUUUUCGUCAAGAUGGUGUUGGAGAGUACUAUGAUAUGUGUCGACAACAGCGAUUAUAUGCGAAAUGGGGAUUUUCUUCCGACGAGAUUACAAGCACAACAAGACGCUGUCAAUCUUGUAUGUCAUUCCAAGACAAGAUCAAAUCCAGAGAAUAAUGUUGGUCUUUUGACUUUAGCCAAUGUUGAAGUGCUGGCAACCUUGACAUCUGAUGUAGGCAGAAUUCUGUCAAAGCUCCACCAGGUUCAGCCACAGGGUAAUAUCAAUCUUCUGACUGGCAUUCGUAUUGCUCAUUUGGCAUUAAAGCAUCGCCAGGGUAAGAACCACAAAAUGCGUAUCGUUGCUUUUGUUGGAAGUCCAGUUGAGACUGAGGAGAAGGAGCUUGUAAAACUGGCAAAGAGACUCAAGAAGGAGAAGGUGAAUGUUGACAUUGUGAGCUUUGGUGAGGAGGUGAGUCCUCAGGUAUCAAACAAUGAACUACUCACAGCAUUUAUCAAUACUUUGAACGGCAAGGAUGGAGCUGGUAGUCACCUAGUAUCAGUACCUCCAGGGCCUCACCUGUCUGAUGCACUUAUCUCAUCUCCUGUUAUUCAGGGCGAGGAUGGAAUGGGAGGAGCUGGACUCGGUGGGUCUGGAUUUGAGUUUGGGGUUGAUCCAAAUGAAGAUCCGGAACUUGCACUGGCUCUCCGAGUGUCGAUGGAAGAGCAGAGACAGCGGCAGGAGGAAGAAGCUAGACGUGCUCAAGUGGCAUCAGCUGCAGAUGGAAGCACCCCAGCCCCAACUCCCGUUAAGGAAGCUCCAAAUGAAGAAGCCAUGCUGGAACGUGCUCUGGCCAUGUCACUUGAAGGUGGAGAAGAGGAGCAGAGCACACCAGCUGUUCCUGAUUUUGCUCACAUGACUGAGGAAGAACAGAUUGCUUUUGCCAUGCAGAUGUCUAUGCAAGAUGCUCAAGAUCAGGCUGGAGGAAAAGAUGACACAGCAGUGAAGAAGGAAGUUCAGAAAGCAAAAGAAAUUCCAAUGGAAGUAGAGGGAGAUGAAGAUUAUUCUGAAGUGAUGAACGAUCCUGAAUUCCUGCAGAGUGUGCUGGAGAACCUGCCCGGUGUAGAUCCUCAGAGCGAGGCAGUCCGUCAAGCUGUCGGUAGUUUAUCUAAGGAAAAGAAAGAUCGCAAAGAUGAAGAUAAAGAUAAAAGCAGCAGGAAGUGAUACUUACAUGAAAAAUGUGGGAGAUAUUCCUGUUACAAGAUGUUUCCAUAAAUUAUUUGUCUCUCCAGUCAGCCAAAAUGUCAAAUUAUAUUUUUCAGAUUCUGUAGUAUGAGCAUGUGUUUAUUUGUAGCAUUUGCUUCUCCCUGCUAUUAGCCAACAUUGUUUAUUUUAUUUCUUCUGCCAUCCAAAUUUUAGCCAUGAGAGAUUGCAGCUAACUUGUAGAACUCAUGUAUAUUGGUAGAACUUGGUUGAUACAAAUAUUUUGUACCACUGGCGAAGAGUAUGUUUUUCAGGGUAUGCGAGAAGUGAUGAAAUAAAUGAAAAGAAGUACCGUACUGGUUUAAUUUUGAAUUGUCUUACAAGGCUUCUUUCAUAUAAUGAAUUUCAUUAAUAUUCUUUUUUACUGACGAUAGUUUGUGUAAAACGAAGUGGUAACAUAAAUUUUGAAUUGUGAACAGUGAAUUAAACAAUUAUGAAAUGUGCCUGUUACUUUCAUCGCAUUCAUCUGUCUGUCUGCUUGGUGAAUAAUACUGGUUAUGAUGAAACUUGGUAAAUGUAUUGAAAGAAUUUUGAUUUUGGUUUAGUUUUUUUCAUUAUAAAGACCCCUCUACUAAGAGCACUUUUAACUUUUAUGGAGUAAUGCACACAGUUUAAAUUGUAUUUAUUUAUGCAGAAACAUUCAAUAUUUAGUACAAAUGUUCACUCAGUUACAUUGAUAAAGAGCAUAUAUGGAAAUAUUACAAAUCAAUUAAUUAUAAAUUUCAUUCAGUAAUUCUGGUCCUAAGUACUGACUAGCAAAGAGUUUUAUGAUUUGGCAAUGAAUACUUGCAGGUAAUAAUGAAGAAUUAUUUCUUCUUAGUUUUGUCAGCAUAUAAAUAUUGCAGAUUAUAAUGGACAUAUUUCCAAGUCAA